UUUGGCUUUCCUUCCCCUUCUGCUGGCUGCCUACCAUCAAAACACUCUGUAGCCCACGAAAGCUUUUGCCUCCAUACAAGGCUACUUUUUACAGGUUCCUCUGAGGGAAGCGUCGCGAAAAUGCGUCCUUCUUUCUCCCGCCCCAUAUUUUACCUCAGAGGCGGAAGGAAAAAGCCGGUUACGGCUUCUCAAAGUAGAGAAAGCGGGAGGAGCACGGAAGACCAGCAGCCGGAUGUGACUGGCUGAGGGGCGGUGAUAGCAGCUGCGGCCCGGCCUCCAUCUUGGCUGCCCUUGGCGAAGAGGCGCGGGCGGCGAUGAUGAAUUAGGAAGAGGGGCGGGGGGCUUCUCGCCUGUUGAGGGGACAUAAGAAGAAUAUAGAGGAGAGCAUGACCCUGAAGAAAAAUGAAGUUUCCUUGUCUUUCCUUCCGACAACCAUACGCUGGCUUUGUUUUAAAUAGAGUAAAAACAAUAGAGACACGUUGGCGUCCAAUGCUGGCUGAGUACAAGUCCUGCACCCUUGCUAUCCACAUUGCUUUUAAAGAUUGGGAUGACAUAACCUGGAAAGAUUUCCUUAGGAACAGACUUGGCAUGACAUCUCCUGAGAUUGAAGAGUUGCUAUAUGAAGGUGAAAAGUUUGGUAGAGGUGUUAUAGCUGGGCUAAUUGACAUUGGAGAGACAUCACAGUGUCCAGAAAAUUUAUCUCCUGAAGAUCGUUUGGAUCUGGAAAAUAAAGCCUUACUUUUGGGUUUGGAGCAGAAAUACUUGACAGUGAUUUCAAACCCAAGGUGGUUGCUGGAACCAAUUCCUACCCGAGGGCACAAAGAUGUCUGGCAAGUGGAAAUCCCCGAUGAACUCAUUCCUUCCAUGUAACACAAUUGAAGAUGUUGUAUUGAUGGCAGCUUGACUCUUAUGUUGCCAACUCACAUGCAGGCCUUUCAUGAACCAGAACCAUUCAUUGUAACUGAUCCUAACACCUGGAUAUAUGGAUUAGGGCUGUGAGGUGAAGACGGUGGAGCAUGUGGUUGAAAAGGGGGCAGGAUCACUUUGGGUACUACAGAUAAUGUAGUA